AUGGCAGUAAUCAUGCUCCGCCCAGCUCCCGCUUUCUUUUCAUUCGUUUUCAACUAUUUGCUUUUGAUUCUCCACUGCUCGUCCCUCUCCCAUGACGGUGUAGUUUUGCUUGAAAUCAGAAAGGUAGAUUGGAGGGACAGCAGUAAUGCUUUGAGCAACUGGAACGAGUCUCACCAAAAUCCAUGCACUUGGAAAGGAAUCUCUUGUGAUGCAUUCAACACGGUUACCAGUGUUGAUAUCACCGGUGAGUCCAUUUCUGGCAACUUGACUUCUGCUAUAUGUGCUCUUCCCAAUCUCACAGUGCUGACUCUCCAAGCCAAUGCUUUUUGCGGUCCCUUCCCGCAUGCCUUCCUUCACUGCAAGCGUUUGCAAAAGCUCGAUUUGUCGAGCAACCAGUUUGCUGGAAUGCUGCCCAGUCACAUCUCCGAGUUGAGUGAAUUAAGAGUCUUAAAUUUAUCGUAUAAUAGUUUCAGUGGUUCCAUUCCUCCAGCCUUCGGAAUGCUGCCAAGGAUGGAAGCUCUCUUGUUCCACGAAAAUAGUCUGAGUGGGACAUUCCCUAAAUUUGUCGGGAAUUUGGAGUCUCUGAAGAAUUUCACGAUUGGCAGUAAUCCUCUGCGCCCUGACAUGAUACCGAGAGAGUUUGGCAAUUUAAAGCAGCUGCAGCAGUUAUGGCUAUAUAACUGCAGCCUUGAAGGCGGAAUCCCGUCAUUCCUGGGCAAAUUAACACAGCUGGAGGACUUGGACAUUUCGCAGAAUCAUCUCUCGGGUGUUAUCCCGAUUUUCCUGGCCAAUUCAACCCAGCUGAAGUCGUUGUGUUUGUGGCAGAAUAAUCUCUGGGGUGAUAUUCCGGCUUCGCUGGGCAAUUUAACGCAGCUGGAGGAGUUGGACGUGUCGCAGAAUCAUCUCUGGGGCGAAAUUCCUACCAGUUUAAUGGCUCUCUCAAAUUUGAGAAUACUCUAUCUCUAUGAGAACAACUUGUCUGGACGAAUUCCGGCGAACAUUGACCAACUGAAGAGCUUGUCCGGGUUAGAUUUUUGUGCCAAUCAGCUUCAUGGCACAAUUCCUCAAGAAAUUGCCAAUCUCACAAAUCUGAAUCUUCUUCAACUGUGUUCGAACCGACUUACGGGGACGAUACCUGCUCAGCUCGGGAAGCUACGUUACUUGAGUAACUUGAUGCUCUACGACAACAAGUUCAAUGGCUGGUUGCCCCAGAAUUUGGGUACGUACUCAGACCUUAUUGAAGUGGAUCUGACGAGUAGUGGAUUGGAGGGCCCUCUACCAAAGAAUCUGUGCAUGGGAGGAGUGCUGUAUGGCUUCGAAAUCACUUCAAACAAUUUCAGCGGUUCUCUCCCUCCUUCCUUUGAAGACUGCAAAUCUCUACGGUAUCUGUACGUCGACAACAACCAGCUGAGCGGCGAGAUUUCUCCAGGGCUAUGGGGUGCUGUCAAUCUCCACGGAUUGUUUUUAAACGACAAUAAGUUUGAAGGCAUGAUUUCACCUGCAAUUGGCCAAGCGAAGGAUCUGAGUCGAUUCAGAAUAAGCAACAACCGGUUCGAAGGAAGAAUCCCUGCACAAGUUGGACAGCUGAAAAAUCUUGAAGUAUUUGAAGCCAGCAACAACCGGUUGUCAGGGCCCAUUCCCCGCGAGCUCGGGAGCUUAAUAUUGCUUAAUAUUCUAAAGCUCGACCAUAAUUUUCUGUCAGAUGAAAUUCCCAAAGAAAUAAUGUCGCUAAAGAAGCUCAAUCAGCUCAAUUUGGGUCACAAUCGACUUACAGGCGAAAUUCCUGCAUUGAUUUUGAGCGACCUGAAUAGUCUAGAUUUGUCAAACAAUUUCAUUUCUAGAGGGGUUCCUCCCGAAUUGGGAUUAUUGAGACUGAAUGCUUUCAAUGUUUCCAACAAUCACUUAUCUGGACGCAUUCCUGAGUCUUUAGACAAUCCUGUUUACAAGGAGAGCUUUGUGGGCAACCCGAGGCUAUGCGGAGGUCGGAAUUUGAUGCUACCAUCGUGUUCCUCUCCACAUAAGUUGUCACCUCAAACUUUGGGUAUGAUUCUGUUGCCAGCUUUGCUUGUAGUAGCCGUGGCUUUGGGAUACAUUUGUCUGCGUCGCUCGUUUCGCAAGAAGCCAAGUGACACGUCAUCGUGGAAGACGACGGGAUCAGGGACAAUCGGCGGGGACAGUCGAAAGGAGAGGAUUUCAAGUAGCCACUCUGAGAGCGAGAACGAAAUGAUUUGCUUUUCAGAUCGACCGAGCUAG